AUGGGGCAUAGAUGUAAUCUAGAGAAGGAUAUUGCUUCGCACUUUACAUGGGACAGCAACCAGCAGGCAAAUUUCUGGGUUGUAAAAGGGAUGUAUUGGACAGACAAAUUAAUUUCAGAUGGUCAGCUUCACAGCUUGCUAAGGGCAUCUCAAUUGGUGAAAUUUAUGAUGAUAGUGGGCAAUCGUGUGGAGGGGGAUGAGAUGCCUCCUGCAGUGAACAUGGAUUGUGAGGGCAUGUCUAAUGAAGUGCCAGUUGUUGAGAAGAAGAUGGAAUUUGAGGGAUUUGAAUGGUCAGAAAUACCACAAUAUGGAGAAACCAUAGCAGGGCCACCAAUGCCUGAAGAGGAGGAGAAGGAGCACUUCAUGACUAUUGGGUGUGACCCUGAUGGGGAUGAGCCAACCGGAGUAGAUGAAGAGUGGAGAUACUUAAAACCAGUUGAUGCUACAGUUAAUGAUGCACAACCAACAGAAAAUAUUGAAGUAGAGGUGCAGAAAAGAAAGAGGGCAAGGCCUGUUCUGGACUUUGAUUCUGAAUGUGUUCAUGAUGAUGAGGCUACUAUGCUAGAUGAUUAUGCUGCACCUUUCACAACAUAUGACAAAGAGAAUCGGAUCAUUAAUGAAGGAGAUACAUUUGGAGACAAGGACGAGUUCAUCAUGACCUUGAGGACAUAUGCCAUAAAAAAUGAGUUUGGUACUAGGGUUGAACAUAGUGACAAAGAGAGGUACAGGGCAAGGUGUGCUGAUGCAAACUGCGAUUGGAGAAUUUUUGCAAAGAGACUUCAUGGUGGUGACACAUUCAUGGUGGUCAAACUCUCAAAAUUGUAUGAUCACACUUGUCCUAGUUCAGAAACGGUGAAAGGCCAUCAAGCUUCUACAGCCUUGAUAUCUCAAAGAGCAAAACAAAUUAUUCAAGAAGAUCCCACUCUUAGCACAAAGAAGUUACAGAGAAGAUUGGAAAAGCAUUACAAUAUUGAGUUGUCAUAUUUUAAAGUGUGGAUAAACAACUCUAAAUCUGUUGGAGCCUCCACAACUGAUGCUAGGACAUCUAAAGCAGCUGCUGAACCCUCUCCAAUGCCUCAUUCAAGUCCGGGUGUAACAACUAGAAGGAUGUCAUCCAUUUCUCCGACUAGCCCAGGUGUAACAACUAGAAGGAUGGUUGCAAUCUCAUCUGGUGGAAUUAAUCGGAGGCUCAUCAUUGAGUAG